AUGGCUCAUAAUCUUGCAAUACACCAGAGAACACACACAGGAGAGAAACCCUUCAGGCAGUGUUCACAAUUGCAACACCAGAGAACACACACAGGAGAGAAACCCUUCAAGUGCAGAGUGUGUGGAAGGAGAGAACCCUUCAAGUGCAGUGUGUGUGGGAAGGCAUUUUCAUACUCAUCUGUUCUUGCAAGACACCAGAGAACACACACAGGAGAGAAACCCUUCAGGUGCACUCUGUGCGGGAAGGCGUUUGCACGUUCACAACAUCUUCAAGAACACCAGAGAACACAGAAGCAUCAGAAGAUCCACAAGGAGUGGAGUCUGAAAUCAGCUUGUGAAAGUCAAAGUGCCGUAAGGAGCCCAUCCCGAGGAAAACAUUAA